AUGUCCUUCCAUCCAUCUUCUUUUUUGGCUAGAAAUCUUAGAAUGAGAAGGAUUGUCUUCAGUGGCACUUUUAUCUUAUUCUGCCUCUUAGGUGUUUUCCCUUAUUUUUUCUGUCCUGUAUUUGGAGGUGUUGGAGGUGUGAUUUGUAGAUCAUGCAACCUCUCAAUCCCCUUCCAUGGAUGUCUUUUGGACUUUGGAACCUGCAGAACAAAACCUGGACAGUAUUGUAUAAAAGAGGUCCAUAUUAAAGGUGGAAUUCAAUGGUAUUCAGUUCAAGGCUGCACAGAGAGCCAAGACGAGUGCUUCAAGAGAAUCGUGACAACUUAUGAAAUUCACUCUACUCACUGCUGUCAUCGUCCUUUGUGCAAUUUCUGA